AUGGUCGGAGGAACAGAUGGAGCGAAAAUGAAGAGGAAGGCAGUGAAUGGCAUGAAUAAGAAAGUCGUUACUGCCCAAAAGAAGAAGGAUGGUGAAACAGGUAAGUGUUCGAAAGGUUACACUGGUUUCUUGAAGGAAGAUGCGAAAAAAUUGUUUGAAACUUGUUUUUGUCAUCGUCCAUUGUUAGUGGAACGAGGCAUUGCACUGGCUGAGUUAGGUAAUAUGGAGUGUCCUAUGUUUUUUCGAGGUCGUAAUUGGGACAACAUCUUUGAUGUUAAGAAGGAUGAUAAGGCAAAUUACAACGUAGUUAUAUUAUUUUAUGCAAAUUUACAUGACUUUAAUAAGGUUGGGCACACUUUGAAGUCUCUAGUUAGGGGUAAAGAAAUAGAAUUUUCCCCUUAUUUUAUUUCAAAAAUUUUGAAAGUUUCCAGGGCUGCCAUCACUAAGAAUACCACUAUAUUUCCUUAUAAAAGCAAAGAGGAAGUCCCUAGCAUGGAAAUGGUUAUUGAGACAAUUUGUGAUGUUGCAAUCAAUUGGGUGGAUGAAAAUAGAUAG